GAAUCCCCGCGGAAGAGUCAAAGAGGCGAUGGCUAAGGCAGAUGUGGUCUUAGGAAGGCUCCGAGUUUCCAACCACACCUCAAACUCAAUGGCUCAGAACAGAGGGAUUUCUCCACUCUGCAACCUGGACCAUGUUCCUGUACUUUGGAUCGGCUUCCCUUCCUCCUCCGUCCGUCCGGUCCGAAAUUAUUGGAAUACACAGAGAUGUCAACUGAGGUGAGUACUUAAGGGGUUGCAGGAAAAGCCAUCCCUGAGGCUGAUUCAUCUGGCGAGUUCUCAAGAGGAUGGGGAAGGACAGAACCCUCCACGCAAUGAAGAAGCGCUGCUCAUUCAGGGCCUACUACAUAAAACAUUUCUUAGAGGUAGUAGUUAGAUUCACGUGCAGCAAGCGUGCAUCUUUUUCUAGUCCCUGAGAGAAAUUAUGGACCACCAAAACUAGAUAAGCUUAUCGAAUCAGAGAACCUACGGAAUGGUUUCCUCUGAAAAUCACACUCCAUGCGCGGCAUCACCUAAACCUAUGUUGUACCGUGUAUUUGUCUGUAACCCCAUCAUUCUGGCACACUUAAAGACGGCAAAGAGCUCAAUGUUGAACUCACAUUACCACAUGGGAUGCAGAUUCCAAUCUCUCCGUCGGAUUCACACGAUGGCGCGAUCCAACGACGACCCAGAAGAGAGUUUCAGGGAUGCGUCGAUGCGGCCCAGGAGAUCUCCGGCCGAGCAAUUCGCGCCCCUGGCAUUGACGUUCAGGAGGAGGAUCCUCAUCGGCGUUGGUUCGGCCUCUCUCGUGGCUCUCGGCGCUAAUUUUGCUGGAAUUACGAGCUCGAUUCUCGGGCUGUUGCCGGAGACCGGCCGGGAUGUGAAGUUGGACGUGCUCUAUCCCAUCAAAGGGUAUAGUCGAUGCAUUGACACUAAUGAAGGAUUUGAGUUCAUUUACCCAGCAAAUUGGGUUGGGGAUCAGACACUGUUAUACAGAGCCGUUGGAAAGGCAGAGCUUGAGAGAGGACUUGAUCCACCUCCCUUGAAUAGGCGACGCCAAAACGUAAAUGAGCCAACGGUAGCAUUCGGCCCUCCUGGCACCAACGGCGAGCUUAAUGUUAGCGUCAUUGUGUCUAAGGUUCCGCUCAAUUUCUCAAUUGAAUCAUUCGGAGGACCAGAAGAGGUAGGAGAGGCCAUAGUUCAGACUAUCGUGGGAUCGAGUCGCCGUCCCGACGUGAAAGGAAGCUUGGUCAAAUCGACAUUGCGAGAGGAUCCGUCCAAGAUGGUCAAGUAUUACGAGCUCGAGUUUAGAGUCGAGAGCCCCUCAUUCCAACGGCAUAACAUUGCUGUCUGCUGCACUCGACAGGGCAAAUUAUACACUCUGAAUGCUCAAGCGCCGGAAUUAGCAUGGCCGGAGGUGAAAUCGGACUUAUACACCAUUGCUGAGUCUUUUGUACUGACUUCUUGAGACAGAGAGAAUUUUGGGACUAGAAGAUGUAAUUGAGCCCAAACCAUUUCUAAAACCCCAAAAACCUUGGGAACAUAUGGCCCUUUAAGUCUUAGUUGCUUACUUA